AUGCCAUGCGACAAGAUCCAGAACCUACCAGACCACGGGACCUUGCGCCCGAGAAAGUCCCACCGCCACCUCCGCAACCACCCACCAGACUACGUGACCCUGCACCCAAGAAAGUCCCACCGCCACCUCCACCCACCAGUGACCCUGCACCCAAGAAAGUCCCACAUGAUGGACGCGGAUUUGCGCAGUGGAGUCACCCAUGGAGGAAGACCAAACACUGGGAUUGAGGUCAGGCUGCAAUGCUGGGAUUUUCCUGGACAACAAGAGUAUGCGCUACUGAACCGGAUCUAUUUCUCGAAGGGCGCUAUUUACUUGGUGUUCUUUGACAGGACCGGGAACAUGGAUACAGAAUGGCGACACAUUUCUUUCUGGCUUUGGGCCAUAGCACACUAUUCGAAAGAACACAAAGCCAAGCCACCAAUUUUUCUCCUUGGAACCAAAGCCGCUACAAGCACUUUGGAUGAGACGGAGCUCCAAAGGAGGCUCGAAGAGCUUCAGAAAAGGGUUCCAUACCUGAAGCAAAUCUUACGAUCACAUCCUCCUGACUCCAAGAGUGAUUGCAAGUGGCUCGUACCAGUAGAAAACAAGGGUCCGGAGUUUGCAACAUGGAUACAACCUUUGCGCUCGCAACUGGAGCGAGUAUCCUUUCAGAUGGUCACCGAGCCUGACAUUUGGAAGAACACUUAUCCAGACGAGGAUAUGCCCGAGUUUGUGGGCACGCAGGCAAAGACCUUCCCCAUGCGAUGGCUACGAGCCCAUGAUUUGCUAGUGGAAUUUGGCCAAGGCUUCAGGGCCACAGCUCAAUUGGCUGAACUUGAGAAGGCGGCAGAUUUGAAGAAGCGCACGGUGGGAGAGCAAAGAGUUCGAAUCACUGCAGAUUUGAGAGCGAAGAUUUCAGGCACAUGGCUGGCAGUACCGUCAGGGGCCUUCAUAGAACUGGAAGACGAGGCAUGGCCUUCAAAGGAGCUGGCUUCACAAGAUGAGGUGAACAUUUGCGUGACUUGCGAUUUCCUGGAGCUAUCAGUUAUUAAACGCUUUCUCCGUGGCAUGCUUCCUUUGGGGCUAUCUGGUCAGGAUACUGAGGACUUGUUGAGCCUCCUGAACGACAUGGGAAUCCUGGUGUGGCUGGAAGAGGAAGAGCAGACUUUGCGCGAUGAAGAGCAGUCUCUCCGACAUUUGGUCAUGCUCAACCCGAAGAAGCUUGCGGUGGCAAUGGCGCGAUUGAUGACAGUCUGCUUUGGCGCAGAGAACUUUGAGCAUGGUGACGACAUCAAGAAGUCAGUGGAGGAUGUUUGCACAAGCGCUGGCCCUCAAGAUGUUCGCCGUUUUCGCUCAACUGGAGUUGCAACCAAGGAUUUGAUCGAGAGAGUCUGGGAGAAGGAGUUUGAAGAUCAGGAUCGUCGGCAGUUCAUCUUGGAGGUAUUGCUUAGAAGGAACCUCAUUUGCCCACGACUUGUCCAGGGAGAGUUUGUGGUUCCCAGCUGCCUACCAGUAGCGCACUGUGCAGAAGAGAGGUUUACAGAGACAGAUGCAGCUUUAUACCUUGAUCUUGGUGGAUUGUUGUCACCAAACUUUUUUCCAGAUUUGUCACGUCAAAUAUAUUCGGUCGAGAAAGGAUCCGAAACUCUCACGCCCGGGCCACCUCAAGUUUUUCGCAACCUUGGUGAUCUACAUUCCAAUGAUUGCUCGGUGUUUACAUCUUUGUUUCCUGGCAGUGCCCGCGAUAGCAGCAAGAGUUUGCUGCGAAUCCUUGUCAAAGGAGACAGCAAAGACACGAACAUGAGAGUAGCUCAAGAAGUGAAGAAGCUCUUGUUAGAGGACGUCAUGGGAUUCCAGCCAGGCUUUGAGGCAGAGCAGGAUCCCAUCGUGUUUUUUAGCUUGCAAAACGUCGGGGGAAGCCAGAUGUCUUUUGAAGAUUUUUACAGGUGCACACCCUGCUUGGAUUCGAGAUGUGCCCAGACUUGUUUGCAGUGCAUGUUGUGGGGCUUGCUGCAAGAGCGAUCUCGGUGUGACUUGAGUGAGCAUCUUCAUGGCAUUGUAAAACAUGCAGCCUUCCAACGUCACACCCGCCCUUCUGGCAGCUUUCGCUUCAGCGCGAUGAGCUAUCCAGGGGACGUGGAUCUGGAGGAAUACUUGGUCGUGACUGCCUCCAAGCCAGCUGAAGCUUUCAAAGAAUUGGCCAGACUGGUCAAGGCCAAGGUGGGAGGUUUGAGCAAAGGAGGAUCUCAAAUCUUCUUCAAGGGUCUCAAAGCUGGUUCCAAGAGCCAAAACAAAGAUGAAAGCAAGAAGGAGUGGCUCACUUGGUCUCAGGAAGAGAUACAGAAUGGUACCAAGGAUGGGAUCGAACUGGAGGAGGCCUUAGAACAAGGGCACGAGAGCUGGACAGCAAAGAUGGACCUUUUCGCCAAGGAAGGGCAGAUUCAAACCAUCACCAAGGAGAAGGAUUUUCUGCACGUAGUCGAGAUUUGCUUGGUAAAGUAUUCCGGUGAAGAACCCAACGUCUUGAAGUACAUCAAACGGCUUUGGGAGAGAAGUGCCUACCUGGCACAACGUGGCUUUGAUCUGGCUUGGCACGUGACCAUCCUGAAAUCGUUGAAGCCCUUGCUCUGCCACUGGGCUGCAGAGCUCUGUCAGAUGGCCGCCCAUGUUGAGACGCUGACGAAGAUGUUGAAGUGUUCCGACCUAGAAGUGCUCGAACAUGCGCGUUCGGACCUGCCGAUCCUGCGUCAAAGCCUAAAGGACAUGGAGACCAGGCUGAAGAAGGUCCAAGAGAAAGAGAAGAGGGCUGCCCAGGAUGGGCUCGAAAGUAUUCAGGAAGCUCUCAAAUAUAUCGCUGAAGAUGCUUCUGCAGAUGAAAAAAGGCUUUGCAAAGCGCAGCUCUUGUUGGAAAGUUGCGUCGAGACGGUGCUCAUCAGCGAGCUGGGUUCCUUCGAAUCCCCAGUCGCCAAACGAUUGGGCGGUCGGUGGGAGUUUCCUUCGGACCACCCUCCGAUAGCGGCCAAUCUCAGUCUGAGGAAGCACUCCAUCAAGGUGGUUUCUUGGAACGUCUUGAAUCGCCACUACUACAAGUAUAUCGAUCUUGACACCCAAGGUUUGAAGGACUCCCUCAUAACAAGGUUGCAUCAGGAAGGAUCAAGGGAGGUGGAGAUCGUCAGGAGAAUUAGAGAGAUGAUGGGGAAGGACUUCAGAAUUGUGUGCCUCCAGGAAUGCUGGCCAGAGCUGCUCAUAGAUCUUCAGAAAGACUUGGACCAGGGCCCAACUCCGAAGUUUCAUAUGGCUUGCACUGGGCAAUCAACGGACAAGAACCAAGAGGUCAUCAUCUACCAUGAAGAGCUGAAGUUGCUCAACAUGAAGCAUCAUGCCUACAAAAGCAACCCCAAGAAGGCUGUAGUGACGGAGGCCCUCUUUGCGCUUGAUGGGACGGUGACACUUCGUGCCGUGACAACGCAUGUGCCUGGUGAUCCCUUUGGACCUGCUCGCAGGGAAUUUGCGGACUGCCUGGUCUCGAUCGUCUACGGCGAAGAGCUUCCGACGGUGCUGUUGGCCGAUCUCAACUUUCCAGAAAAGGCGGUGCAGCCACUUCUGCUUGACCGUGGGCUUGAGGAUGUAUACUUCGUGCCCAUCCCUUAUCCCACAAAUAUUUGUCAGGGAUCCUUGCUGCCCAAGAGGAUCGACAGCAUUGCAGUCAUCAACCACAAGGCAGUUCAGCCGGAGAAGCAGCUGAAGGCCACAAAGAUUGAGCCUGAAGAGCUGCUCGAAGGCCUUGAGCAAGUCGUGAAGCUUCUCAAGUCCAGGCGCAGCCCGGGUCGCAGACUGUUGAAGGGCCGCGCACGGUUAUGGUGA